AUGGGCAACAACCCAUCUUCCGCCACCGAGGACCCAGAGGGCGCUGAGGGCUCCAGUAUCCCAAAGUCUAUGCUCACAAAGAUACAGUGCAUGGGUCAUCGGCUGCGUGUAGAAGAACGUGCCGAGUUGUACCGAGCACUGGCGGAACUUCGCGAAGAUCGGCGACGUCUCAGCUUGGACCUCCUGGAGGAGAAACGAAUCCGGGAGGCGGGGCUUACUUCGAAGGACAUGACGUCACGGGUUAGAGACACCGACAAGCCCUCAUGGGCGGCGUACGAAAACGACCCGAACUGCAGCCUGUGUGGCAAGCCGGCGCGGAGACAGGAGGCAUACCCAUGUAGGGUGUGUACCAGGAUCUACCAUCCUAUAUGUCUGGGCAAGUGUGGCGAGUGUAGAGACGUGGACCUGCAGGCGGCGGAGAACGCCCUCAGCAACACCGGCUGGAGCUGUUACAUUUGUGUCAGUGCGGUGGCCGGAGUUCCUGGCUGACCAGUCCCUGUACAUCAUCAGCACCAGGCCCAACGUCAGUGCCCGGCACAUAGAGUCAGUGCUGAAAGACGCCUGCCAUGCAGACUGACGAUGACACAUCCACAGACACACACAGAGGUUGACCAAAUGCCCAUUUCGGAUAUGGAUAGACAUGUGAUCGAUGUGGUUCAUUACCGUACGUAGAAUGAAUGGAUGAAUUAAUAUAUGGGUAGAUGAAUAGGAAUGGGAAUAUUGUUCGAUGAAAAUAUUUGUUGGAUGGAUGACAGACUGAAUAGGUGUAAUUGUGAAGGGGUGCAAGGAUGGAUGAAAGGAUGGAAUAUGGAAGCAUAGACAACUGAUUGCAUGGGUAUGGUUGUGAAUUGAUGGACAGAGGAAUGAGCCAAUUGAUAGUUUUGACCGCAGUCUGAAGAAAGGGCGAAGUCACAUGAGAAUUAUAUAAAUCACUGCGUCUCUUCGUCUCGGUUUCUUGUACAUGUAUUCCUAAGUUUGCCAUUUGCUCAGUUGGCAUCAUGCUGGGUUAUAACACCAAUGACCCUGGUUCGAUCUCUAAUGGGAAAACUAGCUGUGUUGGGAGUUUUCAAGAGUCUCCACUUACUUGCCUCAUUGAGAGGACCUGCCUCUGUGAUAUAAUUUACUGGGUGAUCCAAAAAGAAUGUACAACUUUUUUUCUGAAUAUCCUGCACAAAAAUUGUUCUAGGAUGAUGUAAUUUGGAACAGACAUAGUUCUCCCAAAAGGUAUUCAUUUGACAUAGAAUCCACGAAGAAGAAGCUUAUUUUGAAAACGGAAUUGGCCUAAAGAAAAAAGCACCC